AUGUGGUGGCCCCUGGAUGUGGUGGCAACACGUGGCGAGGCAGCACAUGGCGAGGCAGCACGUGGCGAGGCAGCACGUGGCGAGGCAGCAUGUGGCGAGGCAGCACGUGGCGAGGCAGCAUGUGGCGAGGCAGCAUGUGGCGAGGCAGCACGUGGCGAGGCAGCACGUGGCGAGGCAGCACGUGGCGAGGCAGCAUGUGGCGAGGCAGCAUGUGGCGAGGCAGGACGUGGCGAGGCAGGACGUGGCGAGGCAGCACGUGGCGAGGCAGCACGUGGCGAGGCAGGACGUGGCGAGGCAGGACGUGGCGAGGCAGCACGUGGCGAGGCAGCAUGUGGCGAGGCAGGACGUGGCGAGGCAGCACGUGGCGAGGCAGCAUGUGGCGAGGCAGCAUGUGGUGAGGCAGCACGUGGCGAGGCAGCACGUGGCGAGGCAGCAUGUGGCGAGGCAGCAUGUGGCGAGGCAGCACGUGGCGAGGCAGCACGUGGCGAGGCAGCACGUGGCGAGGCAGCACGUGGCGAGGCAGCAUGUGGCGAGGCAGCAUGUGGCGAGGCACGUGGCGAGGCAUGUGGCGAGGCAGGACGUGGCGAGGCAGGACGUGGCGAGGCAGCAUGUGGCGAGGCAGGACGUGGCGAGGCAGCAUGUGGCGAGGCAGCACGUGGCGAGGCAGCAUGUGGCGAGGCACGUGGCGAGGCAGCAUGUGGCGAGGCAGGACGUGGCGAGGCAGCAUGUGGCGAGGCAGCACGUGGCGAGGCAGCAUGUGGCGAGGCAGGACGUGGCGAGGCAGCAUGUGGCGAGGCAGCAUGUGUCGAGGCAGCACGUGGCGAGGCAGCACGUGGCGAGGCAGCACGUGGCGAGGCAGCACGUGGCGAGGCAGCAUGUGGCGAGGCAGCACGUGGCGAGGCAGCACGUGGCGAGGCAGCACGUGGCGAGGCAGCACGUGGUGAGGCAGCACGUGGCGAGGCAGCACGUGGCGAGGCAGCACGUGGCGAGGCAGCACGUGGCGAGGCAGCAUGUGGUGAGGCAGCACGUGGCGAGGCAGCACGUGGUGAGGCAGCACGUGGCGAGGCAGCACGUGACGAGACAGCACGUGGUGAGGCAGCACGUGGCGAGGCAGCACGUGGCGAGACAGCAUGUGGCGAGGCAGCACGUGGCGAGGCAGCACGUGGUGAGGCAGCACGUGGCGAGGCAGCACGUGACGAGGCAGCACGUGGCGAGGCAGCAUGUGGUGAGGCAGCACGUGGCGACGCAGCACGUGGCGAGGCAGCAUGUGGUGAGGCAGCACGUGGCGAGGCAGCACGUGGCGAGGCAGCACGUGGUGAGGCAGCACGUGGCGAGGCAGCACGUGACGAAGCAGCACGUGGCGAGGCAGCACGUGGCGAGGCAGGACAUGGCGAGGCAGAACGUGGCGAGGCAGCACGUGGCGAGGCAGCAUGUGGCGAGGCAGCAUGUGGCGAGGCAGCACGUGGCGAGGCAGCACGUGACGAGGCAGCAGGUGGUGAGGCAGUACGUGGCGAGGCAGCACGUGGCGAGACAGCAUGUGGCGAGGCAGCACGUGGCGAGGCAGCACGUGGUGAGGCAGCACGUGGCGAGGCAGCACGUGGUGAGGCAGCACGUGGCGAGGCAGGACGUGGUGAGGCAGCACGUGGCGAGACAGCAUGUGGCGAGGGAGCACGUGGCGAGGCAGCACGUGGCGAGGCAGCACGUGGCGAGGCAGCACGUGGCGAGGCAGCACGUGGCGAGGCAGGACAUGGCGAGGCAGCACGUGGCGAGGCAGCACGUGGCGAGACAGCAUGUGGCGAGGCAGGGCGUGGCGAGGCAGCACGUGGCGAGGCAGCACGUGGCGAGGCAGGACAUGGCGAGGCAGCACAUAGCGAGGCAGCACGUGGCGAGGCAGCACGUGGCGAGGCAGCACGUGGCGAGGCAGCACGUGGCGAGGCAGCAUGUGGCGAGGCAGCACAUAGCGAGGCAGCACGUGGCGAGGCAGGACGUUUUUUACAUAUGAUGAACGAGAGCGGAUGA